AAAAUUCAAUGUGGGUAAUGUUCAAUAUUCUUGGUAAUGUCAGAGAAAAAUGGAAUGCCAAAGUCAAAAAAUUAUCAAACAAAACUUGUAGAAUAGAAAAAUAGGUUAUUGAAAUGGCAUCAAAUCAAAUCGUAAUUCAAUCGUAAUCAAGUCGAAUCAAAUGUUUUUUUAUGAAUUAGUAUAAUAGCUAUGUGUGUUCCUAAAUGUAGUCUAAAAUAACACAAAAAACAAUUAGGUAAUGAAUAUAAUUGAAAUGAAAUCCUGCACUAUUCUACUAGACGGACAAACUACAAAGCUAUGAAAUAAGAGUGCGAGACAGACUUGGUUGCUCUAAUAAUAAUAUUACGGAGACGAUUUGACGCAAAAAGUAGUCGUGUAAAGAUGGGAUUCUUAAUAAAGGGAAUUUCGGUGACUUAUCAAAAAAUGUUUGUGAUGGCAAUGUUGUUAUCUGUCAUGGCACUAACUCUCUGGACUAAUAAUGGAAGCUCAUUGCAAUCUCCUGCUGCACACAUGCUUCUCCAGCAAAGCACCAACCAGGAAGGGAGUGCAAAUUCCCUAAAAACAGAAGUGAGAAAAGUUUGCAAAGAGAAUUUCAUCGACAAGAGAGGUCAUUUGAUGGGCAUGACAGAAUUACCGAUUAUAUAUUACGUGACGCCGACGUACCCCAGACCCGAACAGGUGCCCGAGCUGACCAGGCUGUCUCACACACUGAUGCACGUGCCUAGGAUACACUGGAUAGUCUCCAACGACGACGCUGUGUGCUCGGAUUUACUUUUGGAAAUAUUAAACAAGUCUGGUUUGCCGUAUACACUAUUAGCCAGCCCUAAGCCUGAUUACUACAUGAAGGAGAGGUCUCGCGGCGUAUCUAACCGCCGCGCGGCUCUCUCCUGGCUGCAGACCAAUGUCCACCAAGGAGUGCUGUACUUCGGCGACGACGACAACACAGUCGACUUGCAGCUCUUCGACGAGAUCAGAAACACUAAAAAGGUGUCCAUGUUUCCCGUUGGUCUGAUCAAAGGAUUUGGUGUCUCCACUCCGUUGGUUGAAAAUGGAAAGGUGUUCGGUUUUUUCGACUCGUGGCCGGCCUCGAGAACGUUCCCCGUAGACAUGGCGGGCUUUGCAGUCAACAUUGCGUUCCUCAAGCCGGGGGUCACCAUGCCCUACAAAGAAGGCUACGAAGAAGACAAGUUCCUUCGCAGCAUAGACCUGACCAUGGAAGAUAUCGAACCAGUCGCCGACAAUUGCACAAAAAUCCUCGUAUGGCACACUAAAACCGUUAAAAAUACAAAACCCACAUUGAAAGUAGAUGUUGACAGACUACAGACCCCGAUGUAUUCGAAUUUCGUAAGUUUGCUCAAACAGAUCACUAGGAUGCACAUUGCCGAUAUAAGUCCUGAUACGGGUGUCAAAGCCUUCUUUACGCACCAUAAGCAUAGAAACCCAUUUCUUUCACCAUUCCCGCAAUAAGUCAAUUUGUGAGUCGAUAAUAACAGCUGUGAUUUAUUUUUAUUUUUUAAAGUUAAGUUUUUACUAAGUAGUUUUUAUAAUUACUCGUAUAUGAACUGCGAACAUAGCUCUGAACAAAAACAGUCUAAGGACAGACUUCAACGCGGAGACGAGAUCUGUGCUUUAGGAGAUCAUGUAAUUAAAUCAUUUA